AUGAAAAAUUUUGAUGAUACAUCAGAUGAAGUUCGAUUCGAAAUUCCUUUUUUCUAUCCUGAAACAUCUGAUGAAUUACAAUCUCGACAAUAUAAAGAAAUGAGAAAAAAAUGUGUUGCUUGUGAUCCAGCUAUUCCAAACAAUGGUGGUGCUGUGACAGAAGGCAAUUUAAGAUUCAUAUUUGUAGCAACCUGUACUUUGGAUUACUUUUUAUCAUUUAUGCGACUUGCUUUUCUCACUAACAAUUCUUUUCGAUAUUUUCUUGAAUCUGCAGCACAAUGUGAAAAUAUCGUGGCUCAAACACUUCUCAAAAUGGAGCCCUCAUUGCACAAACUGGAUUGGAAUAUGGCACGCUUUAUUUGGUCAAAAAUGAUUGGUGUUGUAGACAAGGCACUCAAGCAGCAACAUGGAAGUGAAAAAAAUACAUUUGGUUAUUUAAAAGUGCGUGUUCCAUAA